GUUGUCUUGGCAGUGGAGGACUGUGUUCCUGGACGAAGCACUAAACGUGGGCCUGAAUAUAACAUGUGAUCUGUCUCCGAACCGAGAAAGGUUCAACAUACCCCCUUUACACAACUACACUAUGCUGAAGAAUUCUAGCUGGAAACUUGAAGACACUAACUUGGCCAACUUCGGCUCCAAGUUGGAUCUCGACCAUCGCCAGCAAGAAGGAUCGCUCGAGACGGCCUGGAACCAACCCAAAUCACGCGUUGGAAAGGAAACUGGCUUAUGGAUUUGGCGAGUUGAGGACUUUCGCCUUGUGCCUGUUCCUAACAGACAGUACGGAAAGUUCUACCAAGGUGACAGCUACCUUCUCCUUCGAUCAACCACUCGAGGCAAUAGCGAUGCUUUGAUCCAUCAUCUCCACUUUUGGCUUGGUCUGGAUACUAGUCAAGAUGAAGCAGGAACAGCUGCUUACAAAGCUGUUGAACUUGAUGACUAUUUGGGUUCAACACCAGUUCAACACCGCGAGGUCCAGCAUCAAGAGUCUGAGUUGUUCCAAAGCUACUUUCCCCGCAUUGUUUAUCUCUCUGGUGGCGUCUCUAGCGGUUUCCAUCACCAUGAUGAACAGCAGCCUGUCACUCGCCUCCUCCAAGUACAUAAACCACAAGCUCUUUCCACCACUCAUACCCGCAACGCUGUGGUCAUCAGCGAAGUCCCAUUGAGCUCCGACAGCUUAAACAGCGGAGACGUUUUUGUACUAGAUACCGGCGACAAGAUCUAUCAAUGGCAAGGUCAAAAAAGUCAAGGCGUUGAAAAGGCUAAAGCUGCAGAGUACAUUGCACAGCUCAUUAGCGAGCGUGAUGGAAAGGGCGAAACAGUCAUUGUCGAGGAACAAUCUGGUGCCCACAAUGGCUUUUGGGACGUCCUUGGGUCGCACGGUCCUAUUAAAAGUGCCGCUGAAGGAGAAAAGUCUGCUGAGCGACAGAUUCAACAAGGCAGUGGCCAAAAGCGUCUUUUCAGACUUAUUCAUGGCAACGGUGAUGGAUUGCAAUUCAAAGAAGUGGAACCUCGCCAGAGUAGCUUUGACUCUUCACAUGUCUUCAUCUUUGAUGUGGGUCAUCAAGUUUAUACCUGGGUGGGUCGCAACGCCAUGGGUACCGACAGAGCAUCUGGACUGCACUAUGCUCAGUUGUAUAUUCAACACUCCAAGCUGCCGGCUUUCACCCCUAUUACACGUGUGAUCGAAGGAGGUGAAGACGAACUGUUUGAGAGCUCAUUGGAAGGAUGGCAAGGUUGGUAAGGCAUUGUAUUGCCAAAUGCUUUUUGCCUCCAGCCCAUUCCAUCGACUUUAUUCUAUCUACAUCUACCUUUUGAUAUCUAUGUUGACACAAUAAAGAUCAAGGCGAACGCAAUCAUUGUGUUUCGUCCGUGUUCUCUACUAGUGUAGACGUCCUCCUAUUGGGACAUCCUUCUCUGGUCGAACCAGGAUAAUCUUGCCGUCCGAAU